UGCAUCUUUCUGCUCUUAAGUUUACGGAUGGGGGGCAAUUUUUUCUAGUCCUUACACGAGGAAGGACCUUUUUAUUGGGAGAUUGAGACUAAAAGCAAUGAUCGCUCCGAAUCAUUCUAAUGGGCAUUUCAGGGAUUCAAGGAAGGCUGCAUCACCACUGCUAUUAUUCCCAUCCUUAGCGUUUCCCUGUGCCCAUACAUUUGAAAUAUCUGGUGAAAGGAAGGGUGAAACCAUAUGUUGAAGGAGCUGCAUCUCAUUAGGGCAGUAUUAUUUUCAUCUGAUUGGAGAAGAAUGGUGUCUUCAUUCGGAAUCGUGUAUAGUAGGAUAGAGAAUUUAUCGGCUGUUUGGUAAACAUCAACAAAUGAUGAAACCUUCCACGGCAGAGACGCUCCAUAAAGGAAGGAUGUUGUGGAUAAUUCUUCUAAGCACAAUUGCUCUAGCAUGGACUACACCUAUUCCCUUGAUAGAGGACUCGGAGGAACUGGAUGAGCCUUGCUUUGAUCCAUGUUACUGUGAAGUGAAGGAAAGCCUUUUCCAUAUACAUUGUGACAACAAGGGAUUUAUAAAUAUUAGUCAGAUAACAGAGUCGUGGUCGAGACCUUUUAAACUUUAUCUGCAGAGGAAUUCCAUGAGGAAAUUGUACACCAACAGUUUUCUUCACUUGAACAAUGCUGUAUCUAUUAACCUUGGGAACAAUGCACUGCAGGACAUUCAGACCGGGGCUUUUAACGGGCUCCGAGUUCUGAAGAGGUUGUAUUUGCACGAAAACAAAUUGGACAUUUUCAGGAACGACACUUUCCUGGGUUUGGAAAGUCUGGAAUAUCUGCAGGCAGAUUACAAUGUCAUUAAACGGAUUGAAAGCGGGGCAUUUCGAAACCUAAGUAAAUUGAGGGUCCUUAUCCUAAAUGACAAUCUUAUCCCCAUGCUUCCCACCAAUUUAUUUAAGUCUGUGUCCUUAACCCACUUGGACUUGCGGGGGAACCGCCUCAAAGUCCUUUCGUACCGCGGGAUGUUGGACCACAUUGGCAGGAGCCUGAUGGAGAUCCAGCUGGAGGAGAACCCGUGGAACUGUACGUGCGAGAUUGUGCAGCUCAAGAGUUGGCUGGAGCGCAUCCCCUACACCGCUCUGGUGGGGGACAUCACCUGCGAGACCCCCUUCCACUUCCACGGGAAGGACCUGCGGGAAAUCAAGAGAAGUAAGCUCUGCCCCAUGCUGUCCGACUCCGAGGUGGAAGCCAGCCUGGGCAUCCCUCAGCUGUCCUCCAGCAAGGAGAACGCGUGGCCUACGAAGCCUUCCUCCAUGCUGUCCUCCUUCCAUUUCACCGCUUCCUCUGUUGAGUACAAAACGUCCAACAAGCAGCCCAAGCCCACCAAGCAGCCCAGGGCGCCCCGGCCUCCCCCGACCCCCCGUGGCCUGUACCCCGGGCCCAACCAACCGCCCGUGGCUGCCUACCAGACCCGGCCCCCCAUCCCCAUCAUCUGCCCCACCGGCUGCUCUUGCAGUUUGCACAUCAACGACCUGGGCCUGACGGUCAACUGCAAGGAGCGGGGAUUCCACAACAUCUCCGAGCUCCUGCCCAGGCCCUUGAACGCCAAAAAGCUGUACCUGAGCGGGAAUUUGAUCCAGAAAAUCUACCGCUCCGAUUUCUGGAAUUUUUCCUCCUUGGAUCUCUUACACCUGGGGAACAACCGGAUCUCCUACGUGCAGGACGGGGCGUUCAUCAACCUGCCGAACCUCAAGAGCCUGUACCUGAACGGGAACGACAUCGAGCGGCUCACCCCGGGCAUGUUCCGGGGCCUGCAGAGUUUGCAUUACCUGUACUUCGAGUACAACCUGAUCAGGGAAAUCCAGCCGGCGGCCUUCAGCCUCAUGCCCAACCUGAAGCUCCUCUUCCUCAACGACAACCUGCUCCGCACGCUGCCCACCGACGCCUUCGCCGGCACCUCCCUGGCGCGCCUCAACCUGCGCAACAACCACUUCCUGGCGCUGCCGGUGGCCGGGGUGCUGGAGCACCUGCACGCCAUCGUGCAGAUCGACCUGAAGCUCAACCCCUGGGACUGCACCUGCGAGCUGGUGCCGCUGAAGCAGUGGCUGGAGGCGCUCAGCUCCGUCAGCGUGGUGGGCGAGGUGCUGUGCGCCAGCCCCGAGCCGCUGGCCCGCCGCGACCUGCGCUCGCUGGAGCUGGCCGCGCUGUGCCCCGCCGCCCUGCGCCCCGCCGCCGCCGCCGCCUCGCCCCCCGCCGCCGCCCCGCCGCCGCCGGCCGCCACCGGCGCGGCCGCCUACGAGCUGCCCCCGGCCGCCGCGGCCGCGGCCGUGCCGCUCUCCGUGCUCAUCCUCAGCCUCCUCGUCCUCUUCUUCUCCGCCGUGCUGGUGGCCGCCGGGCUCUUCGCCUUCGUGCUGCGCCGCCGCCGGCGGAAGCUGCCGUUCCGCGGCCCGCGGGCGGAGGCGGCGGACCUGGGCGCGGUGCCGCUGCGCUGCCCGCGGCUCUUCCCCGAGGGCGGCGGCGGCGGCGGCGGCGGGGGCGGCGGCGGGGGGGGCCCCGGGGAGCGGUCCCCGGAGAAGGCGCCCCCGGCGGGCCACGUCUACGACUACAUCCCGCACCCGGUGACCCAGAUGUGCAACAACCCCAUCUACAAGCCGCGGGAGGAGGAAGAGGCGGCGGGCGGCGGCGGCGGCGAGGCGGCCGAGCUGCUGCGGGGCGGCGGCGAGCGCGGCUUCGCCCACCCCGCCGCCCCCGCCGCCGCGCCGGAGCCGGGCAGCAGCUACCGCACCUUGCUGGAGAAGGAGCAGGAGUGGAGCCUGGCCGUGUCCAGCUCGCAGCUCAACACCAUCGUGGCCGUGCACCCCCAGCACCCCGCGGGCGGAGGGCUGGCGGCGGGCGCGCUCGGGGCGGCGGCGGCGGCGGCGGGGGGAGCCCCGCGGGACCGCGACCGCCCGCCGCCCUGCGCCGUGGGGUUCGUGGACUGCCUGUACGGCACCGUGCCCAAGCUGAAGGAACUGCACGUCCACCCCCCCGGCAUGCAAUACCCGGACCUGCAGCAGGACGCCAGGCUGAAGGAGACGCUGCUCUUCGCGGCCGGCAAGGGCUUCCCGGACCACCAAACCCCCACAAGCGAAUACCUCGAGUUAAGGGCCAAACUCCAAACCAAGCCGGAUUACCUCGAAGUCCUGGAGAAGACCACGUACCGGUUCUGACCGCCGCCCCGCCGCCCGCCCGGCCCCGCCGCCCGCGAGCCGAGGAUACAGCUGUGCGCUCUGCCCCGCCAGAUGUGCGCGCUGCGGGGCAGGGCCCUUCUCAGAUCAGUAAUCGACGAAGUGCCUUCGCAGACUUUUGCCAGCAGAUGUUAAUCAAUCAUUAUUUUUUUAUACUGAAACUGAGACUUUGACUGUGCCAUGUCUAAAGGUAUAUUAUUAUUAUAUUAUUAUUAUUAUUAUUAUCGGGGAUCUUUGUACUGAUCCUGAUUAAGUAAAUUCUAUGUGUGUCUAUUUCUCUCUUUUUUUCUUUUCCCUUUUCUUUUAUUUUCUUUAUUCUUGUUGUUUGUUUUGUUCGUUGGCACUUUUCUUUUUCCUUUUUUCUUUUUUUCCGUUGGCAGUAAACUUCCUUGAUAUUUUCCCUUGGAGGGGAGGGGGAGGGAAGAUGGCAUUUUCUGGCCUGCUUUCUUCUUGCCCAUCAUGGCACAGAUUCUGUACAUUUAUUUAAAAGAGAAAAAAAAGAAUAAUGCAAAGAAGCAAACGAGCGCAGUUUGCUGCAUGCCUGGAAACUGCAAGAGGGAAGGGAGGGGAGGGUCUUGCUCGAAUGUCUCACUCUUGUCUCCCUCCCUCCCUCGCACGCACACUCCUCACCCUCACCCUCCGCGCACCCCUCGCCAGCCCAGCCCCUCCAGGGGGGCUCGGGGGCCGCGGGGGGAAUCCCGGGGGCAGUCCCGGGGGCUGGGGGAGGCCACCCGGAGCCGAGCAGCCCAAAGGAUGUCACCACGUGGCGCACACACCUAGGGGAUGCUCAGUGACACUUCAUCAUGACGCCAUGGUUUUUUGGAGGACAUCCGCACUUUCCUAAUAAAAGCGACAUGCAAAUAUGCAGAGGGAAAAAAAAAAAAAAAGGAAAAAAAAAAACCAAAAGCUAAUGGGCACCUCUCACUAACAGCUUUGUAGGAAGCACUUUUAAUGUUUUCUCUCAUCCACCCAUACACGCACACAUGCACACACACACACAAAGGUACAACGAUGUGCAUAUAUUUAUUCUGUAAUUUCAAGUGAAUAUAAAUUGUAAAGGUAAUGUUAAAUCAUUGUACAGUGAUGCGUCUGGUAUAGCUUUCCUAAUAAAACGUUUUGAAAAAAAUUGCAUAUAUAUAUAUAUAUAUAUAUACACCCCCAAAUAUAUAUAUAUAUAUAGGAAUACAAAGCUUGAACCUGAAACUUCAGCUUCCUCCACAGAGAUUUCCUUCCUCCCCCAUAACCUUGAACGCUAUUUUAUUAAUAACAGUUCAAUGCACUGUGAUGUUAACAGAGGAAAAACCCUGUACAGCGUCUCUUGCCAAGAUACCACCCGAGACUGUCACAAAUCCGAUUUGCGAUCUGUAUCCCUGCCGCACUGUCCUGACAGUUAAAAAUAUCGGGAAAAUUGGGAGCGCAUCCCUCCGGAGCGCUGGUUCCCGGCCUGCUGGAGGCACCGGGAGGCAUCGCAGGGAUGUUGCCGGUGCUGGCAGCGGGGUGAGCACUUAGAGAGCUCCCACCCUCCCGGAGCGGGGAUUUAAACCGCAUUUCCAGUUUGGAAUGGGGGAUGCGAUCUGGGAAAGCAAAGCCGCCCUUCUCCCCCUCCCGCUGCAACGGGAGGGAGACCAAAGACCAUGGGAUUUCCCUGCCCGGGCGGGUCCCGGUUGGUAUCUUGUCCGCGUUGGUGUCUUGUCCCCGGCGCUGUGCCCCUGUCCCGGCGCUGUCCCCCUGUCCCGGCGCUGUCGCCCUGUCCCCGAGGUGUCCCCCUGUCCCGGCGCUGUCCCCCUGUCUCGACGUUGUCCCCCUGUCCCGGCGCUGUCCCUCUGUCCCCGCGCUGUCCCCGCCGCUCUUGUGUCCCCGCGGGUCCCGGGCCGGGCGCGGAGCGCGGCCCCUCGCGGCCGCCAGGUGGCGCCACAGCCCCAGCGCUGAGGCGGCAGCGGGGCCGGAGCGCCGGGGCUCGAGCCCGGGAUUGACCCCGGGAUUGAUCCCGGACCCGAUCCUGGAUUCCAUCCCGGACCCGAUCCCGGCCUGGAGCCGCUCCCUGUCCCCGUCCGCCCCGCCGAAUGUACCCGCGGGCGCCUUAUCCCGGGGCGGGCGGGGCCGCCAAGGGCAGCGCCCAGAGCCGGGCGCCCGCGUGGCCCGGGCGCUGCCCUGAGGGCCUUCAGAGAGAGGGGCUUGUGCACAAAUACCCAACGUGUCCGUCAGCAUCAUUUGUCUGAACAGCCGUCAGGGUGGUUUCUCCAGGCGAAUUGAGGUUAUUCCCCCAAAGGUGCUGCUGGGAGCGCUCCUGCCGCUGUCCCGAGGGGACCGGGCUCUGUCACCUCCUGGCAAAGUGUCACAUUGCCAAGGUCACCCUCCCCACCACCUGCCCUCUUUCCUUUUCGCACAAUGUGUUUUAACAGAGAUAAACCCAGAAAUACUUGUUCUCCCCACAAUGUCGCUAUUUGCAGCUCCGGGCAGGGUGCUCAUGGUGAGCUUUUUCUCUCGGAGUGUCGUUUCCCCAGCCUUGGUAGCAGCCGUGUGUGUCUGGAGAUGGACCUCUGUAAAUCUGGCAUCACCCUCCAUGCCAUCAGUAAAAAUAUUACACAUUGCAAUUUCCUCUGUUGAGUUGAGAUUGUGUUUCCUCACUGCUGCCUUCAGCUCUGACCCGUUGGGGUUUGCUCAUUUGUUUGUUUCGUUGAGUUUUUAAUAGAUAGUGGAAGAGCAUGCACGUGCUAAGAGUAUUAAACAUGCGAGUGCAAAGGCCAGAUCAUUCUUAUCAUAAUUGUAAUAAUUACAUUGAUAAGCCUACAUGCAAGUGAUGCGUGGAGCUGUAUAAAUCAGGUUAAAGUACAACCCCCAGUGAGAGUGGUGCUGUAUACAUUUGGCAAUGUCCUCAAAGCCCCAAGUGUUCAUACUUGUAUCCAAAUAGAGUAAAGCCGGUUGCAAAUAAUGUUUAUAUUUUAAUUAAACUGCAGAAAGGCAAGAGAAUUUCAUCCUUAUUAUAGGCAGUAAUCUCGCCAGUGGACGGUGAGGAGAUCUAUUUAUUCAGUGGAAAUAAAUUUGUUCUAUGAGAAUGGAAUUUUGUAUUAAAAGAGAUAAUUUUUGGCUUA